AGUCCCUUCCCUGCAAAGUGUGCUGCUGAUCUCUCCACACACCCAUACACACAGUGAGAGAGAGAGAGAGAGAGGCAAGGAAUAAAGUAAAAGGGAACAAAACUUGAGAAGAAUAUAAUAUGAGGACAAUGCAAUUCUUUUGUCAUCUCAACUGUUUCUAUGUGAUCUUCCUCAAUAUUUCUCGAUAGAGCAAGCCCCCCCAUCAAAUUCUGAGCUUCUGGGAUUCAAAUUUUCAGCGUUUUGAUUUGGCUCAUGGGAUUUUCUUGAAAAAGGGACUUGGGAGUUAAGCUUGAAGGGUAGACUAUUGUAUUGGGGAAAUGUCCAUGAAGAACAGAGGUGGAGAGCAGGUUUCAAGAACUGUUAUAUCUCAGAAAUGGACUGUUUUCCUUUGUAUUGCUAGUUUCUCUGCGGGAAUGCUCUUCACCAGUAGAGUAUGGACCACUCCUGAAGCAAAAGGAGUCACAAGAACAACUGCAGUCGAAGCAGAGAGAUUGAAACUAGUGACAGAAGGUUGUGAUCCAAAAUUUGACGGUGUAAAAAGGGUACCGAAGGAAAUCUUCCGGGAAGUUUCUAAGACUCAACAUGCUAUACAGACAUUGGACAAGACCAUUUCUAACCUGGAGAUGGAGUUAGCUGCUGCAAAGGCAGCACAGGAGUCAAUUCUGAGUGGCUCUCCCACGUCAGAAACUGCUGAAAACAAGGAUUCUACAGAGACAAAAAAGUAUUUCAUGGUUAUUGGAAUAAAUACUGCAUUUAGCAGCCGGAAAAGAAGAGAUUCAGUUCGUGCAACAUGGAUGCCACAAGGAGACGAACGAAGAAAGCUUGAAUCAGAGAAAGGGAUCAUCAUCCGCUUUGUCAUUGGUCAUAGUGCAACCUUAGGGGGUAUACUAGAUAGAGCCAUUGAAGCUGAAGACCAAAAGCACGGGGACAUCUUAAGGCUGGACCAUGUUGAGGGCUAUCUUGAGUUGUCUGCCAAGACAAAGACUUAUUUUGCUACUGCUGUGUCUUUGUGGGAUGCGGAGUACUAUGUCAAAGUAGACGACGAUGUUCAUGUCAAUAUAGCAACACUUGGAGAAACAUUAGCUAGACACCGGAAAAAGCCGAGGGUGUACAUAGGAUGUAUGAAAUCUGGUCCUGUCCUUGCUCAGAGGGGAGUGCGAUACCAUGAGCCUGAACACUGGAAAUUUGGGGAGCCCGGAAACAAGUAUUUCCGCCAUGCAACGGGACAAUUAUAUGCCAUUUCAAAAGAUUUGGCGUCUUAUAUUUCAGUAAACCAGCAUGUCCUGCACAAGUAUGCCAAUGAGGAUGUGUCUCUUGGAUCUUGGUUUAUCGGACUUGACGUGCGGCAUAUCGAUGAUCGGAGAUUGUGUUGUGGAACCCCACCAGAUUGUGAAUGGAAGGCACAGGCAGGGAACGUCUGUGUUGCUUCAUUUGAUUGGAGCUGUAGUGGGAUAUGUCGGUCGGUUGAUAGGAUAAAGGAGGUUCAUCGUAGGUGUGGGGAAGGCGAGGACGCCAUUUGGAAGGCCGUUUUCUGAGAGUUAGCAACAAAUUGGUUGGACCCUCGAUUCCUACCUUUACCCAUAUAUGCAAUCACGUUAAUACAUGUUACAUACACAGAGAUAAAGAGAGAGGCGGGGGAGAGAGACAGAGAGAGUGGCUUUGCUUAACUUCUCCAUUUUAGCAGAGAAGGGUUCCUGCAAAUGCAGUCGAGGAAGCAAGCAACGCUCCUGGAUUCGAUCUUUUUUUUUUCAUUCAUCGGAAGCUAAAUUUGUAAGUUCUUAGUUGAGUGAUUAUGAGUUUGAGUUUAGCAUGCCACAAAAAUGUCGAGACAUGAAUCUUUAUGUAUCUAUGCUUUAAUCUUCCUAGUAAAUUUGUAAAGGAAAAAAUUCUACCUUAGAAGUCAGAUAAAUGCCUGUUCUGAUGAUUC